CUACCCACAGAUAAUCCCCUAGCACAUCGACAUAGCUGCUGGUAUCUGGCAUCUCGUGCAACACUCCAGCAUGGGGCUGCCCCCACCCUGAAUGUCAGGAACCUCCAGAGAGACUCCAGGAGCACAAGGCUUCAGGCAGCUGGCGCACGUGGCAGGGAGAGAUGAUCGGCGAGGAGGAGACUCCGCAUGAUCCCAAGGCUGCCCAAGCCAGAGAUCGGCCCCAUGGAAACACCCCUCCCCAUCCUUUCUAGGGAGCCGCCAGGAGAUCGGGAACUACAUCUCCCGACAGGCCCAGCGCUCACCCGCCAUGCCAAGUCCCUACUUCCGAGAGCGGCCUACCCAGUCGAACUACGUCCCCCAGCAGGCACCGCGCCACCACCACCCCGUCGCAUUUCCGGAUCCGGCCCUUUCUCCCAUCAGGCACUACAGCUCCCUACACUUCCGGCGCCCGGUGUGCCUUCGGGCUUGGAACUUCCGGCUGGUCGUUUUAUCGCGAGGCGGCAGGCUUAUGCAGGGAUAGAGAUGGCAGAGGAGGCCGGGGAUGAGAAGAAGCAGGUGGCAAAGUUUGAGCUGGAGCGGGAGACAGAGCUUCGCUUUGAGGUGGAGGCCUCGCAGACUGUCCAGCUGGAGCUUCUGACAGGCAUGGCGGAGAUCUUCGGCACUGAGCUGACCCGCAAUAAGAAAUUCACUUUUGAUGCUGGUGCCAAGGUGGCUGUGUUCACAUGGCAUGGCUGUACAGUGCAGCUGAGCGGCCGCACUGAAGUGGCUUAUGUAUCGAAGGACACCCCCAUGCUCCUCUACCUCAACACCCAUACUGCCCUUGAGCAGAUGCGGCGGCAGGCAGAGCGCGAGGAUGAGCAGGGGCCCCGGGUCAUGGUGGUAGGGCCUACAGAUGUGGGUAAGUCGACAGUGUGCCGGCUGCUGCUGAACUAUGCCGUGCGGCUGGGGCGCCGACCCACAUUCGUGGAGCUGGACGUGGGCCAAGGCUCUGUCUCCAUCCCUGGCACCAUGGGAGCACUGUACAUUGAGCGGCCUGCUGAUGUAGAGGAGGGCUUCUCUAUCCAGGCCCCCCUCGUUUAUCACUUUGGCUCCACCACUCCUGGCACCAACAUCAAACUCUAUAACAAGAUCACAUCUCGCUUGGCUGACGUUUUUAACCAGCGCUGCGAAGUGAACCGUCGGGCUUCAGUCAGUGGCUGUGUCAUCAACACGUGCGGCUGGGUGAAGGGCUCUGGGUAUCAGGCCCUGGUGCAUGCAGCCUCAGCCUUUGAGGUGGAUGUGGUGGUAGUGCUGGACCAGGAACGCCUGUACAAUGAGCUGAAGCGGGACCUGCCCCAUUUUGUGCGCACGGUGUUGCUCCCCAAGUCAGGUGGGGUGGUGGAGCGUUCAAAGGACUUCCGGCGGGAAUGCCGGGAUGAUCAUUGCUUCUACCCCCAUGCCUUCGAUGUCAAAUUCUCUGAUGUCAAGAUCUACAAGGUGGGGGCGCCCACCAUCCCUGACUCAUGCCUGCCUCUGGGCAUGUCACAGGAGGACAAUCAACUCAAGCUUGUGCCAGUGACACCAGGCCGUGACAUGGUGCACCACUUGUUGAGUGUCAGCACUGCUGAUGGCAGUGAGGAGAACAUCUCUGAGACCAGUGUGGCUGGGUUCAUUGUUGUCACUGGGGUGGACGUAGAUCGCCAGGUCUUCACGGACACCUGA